AUGACAACGAUUGUUAUUAAAGGAAAAAGACAAUUACCAAGCUCCGAUUAUCAACAGAAUACGGCCAAUGGUUCAACUCGAACCUCACGAAAAUUAAUGGAUCAACCGGCCAUUUGGAGAAAAAAAGGCAAUAAAAAACACACAAAAGAUCAUGGACGAGUGACUG